UCCGCGAAGCACUACAGCAAGCGCAAGUAAACAUAGCGGUUGCUUCCCUUGAUGCACCUAAAGCGAUAACGCGACGUCGGGUAGACGGAUCCCAAUAAUGACGUGAGGUCGGAUCAGACGUGUUCUAGGUGGCGGAAGGUAUUAUCAAUUCCACAAAAAAAGCCGAAGAAAAGUUUGUCAAGCAUGGCCACACCAGCCAAAAAAGCGAAAACUGAUCAUACUCCUACUGACCAGCGCCCUUGCCCGUACGGCUCGCGCUGCUACAGAAAGAACCCGAAACACUUCGAGGAAUACUCCCACCCUGACGCUGACAGCACGGACACAACCACGAGCACAAGCACGGAUCAUGCGUUUUUCGAUUCCACUGGACUGCCACCCUGCAAAUAUGGUGCUAAGUGUUAUCGCAAAAAUCUUCUGCACUUCGCAGAAUUUUCACAUCCCACACAGGGCCCUACCACAGAUCCAUCGUUUCCAGCAGACGACAGCGAGGGUGACACGGAAGUCUAUGAUUCUGACGACGAAGAUGAUAAGAAAAAGAAGGAUCAAAAAGAUGUGCUGAACAGGGGGAUGUCGUUAGUAAAGAGCUUUUCACAAAUGACAGAGGCUGAGCGCAAGGAGCUGAUACAGAAGGCCUUUGAGGCCAAACAAAAGCUACAGGAAGAACUAGCAGCUACAAAAGAGGUUGAAGAGAAAGAAAGGGAGUUAAAGAGACUCCAGGAUGAGGUAAAUACUGGCAUGCUGUUACUGGAUGGCGAAAAGGAGGCAUUGGAAGGUAGCAAAACAGUUUACUUCCCCUUGUUUCCUGAAAGAAGUUACAAAGAAGGGUCAGCGGCACAGAUACAUUUCCGCUUGGCAGAAUCUCAAUUUUAUCGUUUGCUGAGUGGAGAGGGUCAUUCUGCAUACAGAGUUACAAAAGUUGAGUAUGUUGUCACACCUCACUUGGUCAAAAGAUUCAGGGAGGCCAGAGAAGAUCUAAAGAAUGUUAGGGGCGAAGACAUGUCAUAUCCUGUCCUAGGAUUUCAUGGUACUGAUGUUACAAAUAUUUCACUCAUCUGUCAGAAUGGAUUCAAAGUACCAGGACAAGCAGGGUUUCAUCACAAGACAGAUACAGGAUAUUAUGGAGCUGGUGUCUAUUUCAGCGAGUAUCCAUCUUAUUCCAUGUCUUACAUCUCAGGCUCUACAAAACUGUUAUUAAGUCAAGUGCUUCCAGGAAAGGUGUUUCAUUGUACCAAAUUAAUUCAUGGAGCCAACCUGAAGCCCAAUCAUGACUCCCAUAUGUCACCUUGUAAGAAGGAGUUAAUCAUCUUCAACUCUCAUCACAUCCUGCCUUGCUAUGUCGUCCACUACACACAGUGCAGUACACAGUUUCAAUAUCAGAAAAUAAGAGCUAGGAAAAAAGGUGGCCCUCAUGCACCUAAAAUGACCAGUGGUAGCACCUCUGUCAAGUAUAAGAAGGCACUUGGUAUUCCUGCUACAAGCAUAUUCAAAGGGACCACAUUCAAAAUCAUAGGGAAGAACUUUUGUCAGCCUGCAGCAUCCCUAGGGAACCUAAUAACAAAGCACCAAGGAAAGAAAGUGCUCUCUGACAACUUUGACAUCAUGAUUGCCUCAAAUGAUGUGGAUGUGAACACUGCUCAUGGCUCAGCUGCUACCACUGCUUUGAACUCAGAUAGACCUGUUGUGACAGAGGAGUAUUUGUACGAGUGCAUAAUACAGAAGAAGCAGUUGGACCCUGAUUACUUCUUGCACAGUAUUCAUGGCUGAUCACUGAUCAUAAGCUAAUUGUUUUUUCAAGUUUUGAGAAAAUUGGUCUCGGAGAACUUUUUAAUCUAUUGGUAAUAAAGUCAUUGUAUCUGAUAGUUGGGUUAAAAGAAUUUUACUGUAUCAUGAAACUGUGCAGAAUAUUUAGACUUAAGUAUGAUCAAGUAUGAUCAAUGGUAAACACUAUUACUAGACAAAGUGAGGAGUGCGUUUGUUUUCCUUGCACAAGAACUUGAGCAAGUUUCUAUGUGUAGUUGGCACAAACUAAUGUUAUGUGUUAGAUGGUACUAUUGUUUAUUGCAUGUCCAUAAAAUUUGGAAUUUAUAUCUUGAUUAAAAUACUUUUUUCAUGUUGGUCACAUUUAAUGUCAAUGGAAUUUAUAUUUCUCCUUUACAUCUAUAUAUUAAAUAUCCGCUUUUCUUUUGGAAAGAGGAUGCCAUUUGUGUUUAACAGGUAAAUGUCAAACUAGCUUAGAAACUGUUGUGCCAUCCUUUUGCAUUUUAGCCCUCACUAAUCUUAAUGAUGCAGGAAAAUGAAGUGUUACAAAAGCUACAAUUUGACAUAAUCUACAAGGUAAUCCUCUAGAGUUUAGCAGACCACUAUAUCACUUUUACUUGCUCGAACAAGAGACAGCCAAACUGCUCUAUGUAAAUUGCCAGAAAUAAUUUCACCAUGAAAAAAACCAUCUUGUUCACUUUAGAUUUUAUUUCCAGUGAGAUAACUGUACAUUUUGUUGCUUCUAACAAUCCACACAGAGACCACUUUUUAAAGAAAUUAUCAGAACACUGCAUUCUAAUGUCUGGGUCUACUGACGACUCAUUAGCCCAUGUGGUUAUUAUUGUACCAAAGCAAAUGUGCCACAAACCACCUGCAUUAAAUUGGAAGAGCAUCUUUCCAUGCAUAAAAGGACUUGAUUUCAGAGGACAGAUGGGCCCUCUGGAGAGUGUUAUUAUUAAUGGAAAGGUGUUACAAAAGACCCCACAACAGACUAGAUUCUAAACUCCCCGUUGAUAAUCUUAGAGUUUAAAUAAGUUGAAGAAAAGUUGAAUAAGCAAAUAUAAGAGAACUGAGAUUUCACACAAUUAAACAUUCCUUAAAAGAGCUAUUCUCAAACUUAAAAACUAUUUUAAAUUUAAAGUAAAGGUGUUAUUUCUUGCAAAGAUCAACUACAAGGGCUGUAGCUAAAACAAAAAGUUGUGUGACAAACUCUAUACUCUGACAACACAUGUAAGUCUCAAAAAAGACUUAUUUUGAAACCAAGCAUCAUUGUAACUACAUGGAAUCGCAUAUGACUUCAUCACAAUUAAAAGUUUAACUGAAGACAUCUAAAAGUAAUGGUAUGUUAUAAAAUUCAGGGCAGGUCUGGCCAAAAUUACUAUAUCAAAUUUAUAAAAUAUUUAUUCAUCAAACAAACAUUUGAAAAUAGUGCAUAAGAUCCUAUCAAAUGAUGAAGGCAUUUCUUAAAGUGGCUAAAUGUUUUGGCUCGUUGUCUUAAUAAGACAUUUAAGAAACUAGAAGUCUGAAAAAAAUAAUCUAUUCAGUACUAUAAACUGUAGCUACAGUACUAUUAUAAACAGAAAAAUGUGAAGAAACCAUUUAAAUACAGUUAAAGGGAUGAGGUAAAUCUAAUUUGCAAUAUAUUUUGAGGUAAAGUAAUUUUAAUUGGAAGAAGUGUCAUCACAGGUACCUAUGACUUCAGUAAAAAUUUACCAAGAAACGUUGAUGUGUAGACCUGACAACAUGAAAGUAUUUUUUUCAAUUAAAUAUUUUUCAAUUUCUACAUCUACACAAUAUUUGAUACACAACAUUGACAGCAGACAGAAGACAAUUCCUGUGAUACAGAAUAACACUGCCCACUUUUUCAGACCACACUUCUAAUAUGUGACACUGAAAACUAAUUACUAGUGAGACUAAACAAGUAUGAAUAAAGUUUUACAGUAAUAUUGACAACAGUUUUCUUUGACGAUCUUGUUGAGUUUUUCACACUAUAGUACAACGAAGAUUUUCUUCAACAUUUUCAUUUUCUGCUAUAUGCAAGCACUGGCCACACACACCUGAAGGAAUAUCUAAGUAAGCAGAAUCUGUGUCAUAAAACAAGUAUCACACACCCCUACCCACACAAAAAGAGACCUCAGAAGAAGCAUGGGCCUCAUUAACAGCAGCAAUGUCAUUAGGUCUGACAAAAACAGAAAGAACAAAGAAAACAAGUAGGAUAAGUAACCAUAGCUGAUGUCGGGUUAUCACACAGUUUCUUGUCUGGCUAAUUUAAAAUACCUCAGCAAGAGUUUUAGAGAGUACUACACAGACCCAGUGAAUGAUCAGGCAAUUGCAACUAAACCUUUUGAUAGAACAUGAUUUAGCUUAUCUUAAAUAAUUGAGACAUAGUCAAAAAUAAUAAUCACAGCUGUAGUUAAAUCAUUCACCUUUCACAUAACCCUUUUUCAAACAAUACUACCAACAAAAAAAAUCAGGCACUUUGAAUUGUUUCACCAUUUCCAACUCUCUGUACAUUCAGUUAUUUCAAGUAUUCAGAGUUCAGUCUCACUUGAACAUGCAUGGUUCACAAGUGAUAUAUUACAUUGUGACAAAAGUUUGCUUCUGGCACACAGUUGGACUUAAUUUAUUUUUGCUUUGUUGAACUGAAACUAAAUGGAUGAAUAAAGGUUUCAGUAGAUACAUAUGAAAAUACUAGCGUUUUGUGAGGUGGUUGGUUUUAUUUGCAUGUUUCGUCUGUUUGAAUGCUUGAAUUGGGUCAUCACCCAUGAAAACAAAAUAGCCAGUCGAGGGUUCAUCAUGUUUGACGUAAAUUCAAUUCACACUAUGCAGUUUAAAACAUUUGGGGUCCGCUGAAGCUUUCCAUCUAACAAAAAUCUAAAAUUUCCACAUGCGAAGUAUUUGUCAACAUAUUUGCAAAAAAUUAAUACGAUCCGAAUUCAUACUUACGAUCAUAAUGGUACUUUGUCUCGAAAUUGUGGAAACUUUGAUCACCGAGAUAAUUACUUUUAUUGUCUAGUAGACAACAGAACUUGUGGGUUAAAAAUUGCUGUCCGAAUGCUUAUUUUAUGAAAUAUCUGUUAAUAAUCUCACAAACACGAACAGAUUUACAGUAAUAUAUAAAUUUUGCUUGAAACUGAAAGACUUUGUCCAAUGGUAACAC